AUGCCACCUCUGCGAUCUCACAAGGUUACAAUAUUUGUGGACACUUCAGAUACCAGUGAGUUAUAUUUACAUUAUUUCCCCGUUUGUUAAGUGCUGAGACUUUUUCGAUCGACCGCCGCACACACGCAUCCGUAUACUUUUGCCUUCUCUUGAUGCCCUAUUUUUAUGCGGCCCGGCUGUCCAUUUCUAUCCCUUACUGCCUGCAAAGCUUUGCAAAAGAAAACCCCGUAGUGCGUACAGUCCUCCAGCAUUCCAUACUUUUCAGCAGUAAUAAACUUCCUGAUCAAGUCGAUCUCUACGGAAGUCGUUCUGGCAACUGUGAGAUGACUGGCUCUUAGAAGGUUUCCGAAUAUUUACGUACUUAGUAUUGCCUAACAAAAUUAUCAGUACUUUAACACAAUAACAUCUGUGUCUAUUGCCUUCUGUCUUCCUGCUCGAACUUUUCAUCGUAUCAGUAAAUGCUUGCCCACUGUUUAGAUUUAAGAUGUGAAAUACAUCCUCGAGAAUCUUUGGAAUUGUUCUGUGAAGCAUGUGGAGUACUGACGUGUCGUGAUUGUCAACUUUCCGCGCACCGUGAACACGGCGGUCAUCGGUGGGUCGGAGAAAAGGCUGAAUUGUUAAAGCCUUCCCUCGCUGAAACUGUCUCAUCCUUUGAGGAGAAAUUACAACUCUUGUCGGAUUCGUCGCAGCUCGUUUCGCGGGCCUCCUCCGCAUCAGGCACUCUUCGUACGAGUGUCGCUGCUGUUAAAGAGGCCCUCAAGAAGCGUGCGACUGACCUAAUCAAGGCAGUUGAGACUCAGACCAAACGAUUAGAAAUUGAAAUUGACGAGCGGGCCAACGAAUACUUAUUUCGUCUGACAAAAGCAGAAUCUCAAAUGCAGCUCCUCCAGGUUUGUGCGCCAUUCUUUGCUUGUUUCAUUGAGGUUUUCGGUUCCCAGCAUGGCGCUUUGUGUAGAUUAUCGUCUUUCACAGUAGCAAAUUCGAUGUGGUGAGGGUGGUUUUCGCUUUCUGCCGUCCCUUCCGCACUUAGGAGUUUCUCGAUCAGAGCUGCCUGAAUUUUUAUAUUUCUCAAAUAUGUGAACUGAAUCUUGUUCUCUGACGUUUGCAGCCAGAUUUUUAAGGAAGUACAAUUUGAAGCUGAUUAAGAGGGGGGGAGGGUAAAGUUACUAAAUUCGUUUGGUCAUUUAACGAUAUAUGUUUCAUUUGCCUUCCAAUCCUAAGUGGCGCAAUGAAACCUUCACCGUAUGCGUAUUAGAAACCGGUAAUUGAACGGACAGGCAGAAAUUAUCAGUUAAUGACUCGGACAGCACCUGCGCCUUUGAAAAGGUUCUUUUCUGAUUAUGCUUCUGACAACAUCUACAGGAUCGUGACUAAAACAGCGCAGUGGUUAAUAUCUUAACAGCUGAUUUCUGGCCUCACUUUGAAUAUGGCCAGUAUGUUACACCGGAACAUGUAUCAGGGACGACACCUCAUGUCACACUAUUGGCUGUUUGACUCCUUUAUAUUAAGUGCUCCUUCUAGAAGCACACAACCAGUUUUUCAAGCAGUUGUUUAGUUCGCCUCCUACUGGAUUCACAUGGCGUACGUACAGUUUCCUAUGUUCCUUUUUUCGCACUGUUCAGGAAAGGAUUGAAUUCACACUCCAGAUGACGAGGAGCCUACUAGAGAACGCCGAAAAAGAUCCGGCCAGCCUGGUCCAGUUGUCAACGCGGUUGCAAGCACGUCUUGCUAAUCUAGCCGACCAGGCGGAUUGUUUAGUCUCUGACGAAACUUCCUUCGAUGCCGCACCUUUCGGGGCUGAAACUGAUUCCCGCACACUGACGGAACUACAAAAGACUCAGGGAUGGCGUUCUUCUGCACUUGCACGCGUCCUACACUUGGAUGGCCAUGAUGUGGCCGACUUGGUCAGUCAGUCUAUGAUUGUGGUCUGGACACGUGACAAGGGCCUCAGAGCAGAGGGACGCGACAAAAAUACAAACUCCCAUGCGGCUAUCUUGUCACCUAGUCGUCGUAGUCCACGUCUACCGCCCACAGACGUGAGUUUUCAAUCACUACUCUUAGACUGCAUUUCAGUCUACUUUUAACCGGCAAUUCAUUCUAUAUGCUGGUCACCCUAAAAGGACUACGAUGCUUGACGUUUUUAUUGAAACGAGGUUAUUUUUCCACUAACAACACAGCGCGACUUUGUUCUCUUAGUGUAGUUCCGAAUAUCUUUGAAAUGUGUCAGGAAGACGGGACAAAUCCAUGUGCCUAACCGUUGGAUACUCGGCGCUUUCGUGGGUGAUAUUGAAGAGGCGUAAUUUCAUUGAGGGUUACUUGUGCAAUAAACAUAAGUUCUAUUAAUAACCGGUCGCAGACCACCAGCAUUGCUGACUGAAUUAAGAGGGCACCUGCUCUAAGUACUGGUGUCAUCAUGUCUUAUUUAGCUGGCCUCUACAUCGGGAAUUGUACCUUGCCGCCCAUGAAGAUCUCCAGCAGCGAACCAGAAUAGGUCUAUCCAAUCUUUUUAGCAAUGAAGGUGAAAUACCACAGUUCCAAAAAUAACCUCCAUGAACCUCAUUAAUUAGUCGACCUCCGCAUCGACACCUCCAGGUAGGCAGCGUUUAUAACCUUUUGUACCUGACGACGAGGAAUACGCCCAAACCGCCUCAGGGGGAUUGUUUCACUGAAUGUCGACCAUCUCAUUCGAGAUAAACUCGAUAUGCUUUAGACGAAGGAUGAUUCCGAGACGACGUUAGUCAAACGCCUAAAAUUUUCAGUCUUCCACGCGCACAGCCCAGCAUUCACGACCAUAAGUAAGAAAUCACCAAGCAGACUCCCAAUGCGUGUCAAACCAAAACUGCGUAAAGUCAUUUGGAGGUCCUAGUCAAUGGCACGGUUAAAGAGGAUGGACGACAGAGUGCGACCCUAUCGCACGCCAGACAGUUUGUGGAAAUCAUUGUGGACCAGAAUUCGAUCAGUGGUGGGGCGUUUAGAGGCUUGACUCAGCGGUUAUUUCUGUCGGAAAACCGUCUGGUUCCAUUAUUCGCAACAGACUAACGAUGAAAGUGAUCGAAGGCAGUAAUAAGAUCAGCAAGUCAGACUACCCUCCGACUCCGAUAACCAUUCUCAAGCUGAAAAAUGCACCACAGAGUGUAUCUUUAGUUGGUCUAUCAGCGCCGCCCUCUGUAACCGGCUUAUUUUGUUCUGGACCCUAAGUCACGCACACUCUGAAACCAUCUGACUGAAGACGGCAAAGGCCUCUGCGGCAGUGUCGAUGAGUCUUAUGCCGCAUUAGGCUAGAGCUAGAUAAUACUCCGCUGCAGACGAAAAACGGCGUUGAUGGAUUGGUCAUAGGGUUUGAGUAUUCGCUCAUAAGGUCCACGCCAACCCUCAACUUUGGUCCAGUUGUCAUAAAUAAGGCCGCCAUUCACAUCGUGAACAGUACUUCAAUCAAGGCCGGUAACUCCUUCGAGUGUCGCAGACACUGAAAGCCUGCCUCGUGGGAGUCGCCACAUCAACCCAGUAUUAUUUCCGAUCGUAUCUAUCCGACUUCACCGUCUAUAUCGGCGAUUGGUGGGGGAGCUCCUUUUUACGUGACCUGACUCACGCAGCCUGCACAGACAGCGGUUGGAUCCUUGAGCCGAUUCAGCCAUUGAGAAGUCGUUGGAUGCAUCCGAAAAGUCCGUCAACUGCUGUGCGAACUGGGAACUUUAGGUACGGCCAUCUACUACUGACCUCCCCUUCAACGUCCGAUUUUUGUGCCCAAAGUCUUGAUUGUGAUGGGUUGUUGAAAUUCUGCAACAUCAAGACGUCCUGCACGAGACAUUCUAGGGGCGUGUGAAGGGGGGGGGAGCUUUCAGACGUGUGCGAACAAGUAUUUGUUCCGACGCAUAAGAAUUGCCGACUUGGCCCCCACGCAUUGAUCUGUUCUCAUUAGCCCGAUUAAGAAAUUUUGAACUGACUGAAGUGUGGCAAAUCUGACUGAUCGUACGGCCACCGUCUGGAUAUGAAGUUAGCAGAUGUUAGUGGCGAUUAUGAAAGCGUGUAUUUGGUGACAAGCAGCAUAAACUGCACAUUCCUUCCCUGUUAUUGCAUCGAAAGCCCGCUCCCAGUCAACCAUUACUGUGGUUAUUUGAUGAGUCCCGCGGUCCACUUCGAACAUUUAAGCACCUAGCAGCUAUCAGCAGACUCUGUCGUGGGAGUCUUUCACUCUGUUCUUGCAGCUGGGAGAAGGUUGCUUUGCUGUGCCAGUCGACGGAUGAUGUUGACCUGUAGUUGUGCCAAAGGAUGAAGCGGUAGCUUAACUCCAGAUCCCUAGUUGAGCAGCUGCACAUCAGAGAGGCAUCAAACAUCCGUAUCGCACUGAUGAAGACAGUGCGCCGUUAGACUGGCAACCAGGGUCGAGGACCGUUGUCCAGUCCAGCAUCCAAUGCUGUGAGUUCACUCGGAGACGGGCGGUGCACUUCGCCUGUCGUUUUUCUAAACAGCUGCCUGUAUCAUGGUCGCGUAUGACUAGGAUUGUUAAUCGUUUUCGGCUUAAAUGAUAUCGUCGUUAUGAUAUGCCGAAUGUUUCUUGUGGGGUGGGAAGUUGACAUCUCUAUCUUAUGGCAUAAUCUGUAAUCGUUAUAUAACCAGUCAUGUUUGUCAAAGUGGAAAAGUCCGAUUUACUGCUUUCUUUCAUUUUGCUAACUAGCAGCUUUAUCUUGCAGACAAUUUUGUACUUUUUGAGUUCGUAUCAUGCAGUUUCCGCUGUAAAUUUGAGCUUAUGGAUCUAAUUGUUUGUGCAACGGAUGCCCUUUUUCUUCAGCCUGUUCGAAAUUCAGGCGUCAGCUACCAAUUUGUGAAGACAUUGUAUGUUAAUGAUUGUGACUGAAUAUUUUUGACUUGUUUGACAGCAAAACUAACAUUUUAGAUGAUUAUCCUUUCUAAAGUUUCGUUCCUGCCACACGCGUAAUUCCACUCUCUUUUUAUGUCAUUCGCAUUUGGUCCACAGAAUCUGGACAGCGGAGGUGACAGCGAUCAGGGCUGUUGCACGGCGGACGAAGAGGAAGUGGGGGACGUAAACCGCCCCGUCUGUCCGGAGCCUGGUAUGGACAUGGACUUCUGCGCCAGCGGCUGGACUUCUGGCUGCGCCGUCUGUCUUGGUCUAGGCUUAAUGGCCUUCUGCGCGCACUGUCAUCGCUGUUACCAUGCAUUUUGUCAUCUUCCUCGCCUCAGCACCUCAAAGCCCGCUGGCGAAUACGAGAACUGGGUGUGUAAUCUCUGUGACCAAGUGUUCACUGCGGCACCUCGGGAGGACAAUAGUGAUGUUAAACCUUCCAAGCGUGUGAGGGACCUGGAAAAGCCAAAGAACAACUCAUCAGAUGUUUUUCCCUCAUCCACCCCCUGGACUAAAGAACAAUUCGAUGUGGGUGCUAAAGCCAUCAUCUUCAGCUUACGUUAAUGUUUAUUUAACUCUGGAGUAGAGGUGCUUCCUUAACCCUAUUCUGUCUAAAGUUGUCUGUUUUAGUAGGUGCAAAAUAGUUAGAAGUACCGAUGGCCUUACACCUUAUCUCCGGGGAGCGUUAUUGAACCUGUGCAAAACGCGGAAAAUAAGUAGAAAGAGUACAUAUCACCUAAGUGACUAUAUUUUCGCGAGUGUCAUUGACACAGGUAGCUUGAGAAAUUCCCACCUAAAGGUCGGCGUGAAGUAACGUGUUAUUCUAUUUCAUGCUAAUCCGUGUCUUAGUUUCACGUAAGCAAUCUUUUUCUCUACUUGGAAACCCAUUUAAGUAUUCCGAUCACGGCUUCAGCUCGUGUGGUGUUAACGCGCAGUCACAUUUACCUGAUAAAAAUCCUUCAAGUACAAGUUACUGACUACCGUUAAGUAGUGCUGCAUGUUUAAUGUCUGUCUUUCCUAGAUCGGCUGUCGAAUCCUGCUCACUGUGCUCACUCAUCCCGAGGCCGCUCCUUUCGCAUCCAUUUCCCACUGUCCUGUCUGCUCUCUCCCGCUCUUCUCGACGGACCUUACUGAUCAAUCGGAAGAGGAUGACGAUGGUGUUGCAUCAGUAUUGCAGGACUGUCCCUCUCACUGGCCUUUCCAUCAGCUAGUUUUCCUUCGCGCCAUUCUGGAAGCAAACUCUCCAAAUAACUCGUCCCCAUUUUCCAGGAAUUUGACUGCAGAUGUUCUCAGCAUGGGCAUUGACAUUUGGAUUAGUCGUUUGGACGAUGUGCUGGCCGCUGCAACCCUGCCUUCCAAUCAGGCACGCUGCCUUGUUAAUAUCUCACUAAACACCAGGCUCUUUUUAAAUCAUUUCACAGGUUGUCAUCACACAUUUAGCGCGCACCACUAAUAAUCUCCCCAGCAUUAUCGAUAACGUGACACCAUUUUGGGGUCGAGUUGGUAUUAUAGGGAAUUUGUGAAUUUUAUAGUUCCAAGUUAAGGUCAACUAGCGAAGAAAUCUGCAGAAUUUAGUCUAUCUUUAAAAAAUCCAAGUAAAUUUAAUUAUCAUGUGCAAUCCGAAAGUGGACGGGUUUCCCACCCCAGCCGUAGGAAUCUAGUCUGUUAAGUGUGGGAGUUGCCAGUCAAACGGUUUUGGAUUUAAAUUCUUCCCGUCUGAGACAUUCAAAAUACCGAACGAAGUCGGAUGACUAAGCGAUCGCCAGCAGAGGCCGGUGUUGUGGCUUCAGCCGUCAGCUCCGGCUUUUAGCUCAUCUAUAUCUCCCAGGUAAACGUUUAUCUAAAAACAACUUCUGGGCCCCAUAUGGUGUCAUGCAGGAAUUUUCAGUAGCACAGCUGUAUUUAUUCGAAAAAUUUAAUCGUACUUGUCGUCUGGAAUCAUCCGUCAAUCCAACUGUAAUUCUAAGGAUGUUUUCCACUACGGAAGUCACUGCAGCUAGGACUAUGACGAUAAUUUUGACCGAACAUGGUGUCCAUGUUCAGGUAGGCUGUCGAAAACUGUAUCCUUACUGCCAUGCAGUCUUUGUCACCUUCCAUGUCAACACUGUACAGGAAGAUGGGCUCUCCCGUUAAACUAGAUGCUGACUAUGCGGUGCGUCCACAGGUGUUGGACUAUAGAACGACCUUCAAGAAGGCCUAGCCGCCAAAUAUGCUAACCCUUGGCUCUGACGAAUAAGCAAUUGCCGACCAUCAGCGACAGUACUACCAGGGCGCGAGCGGCUGGAGCCCGGCAAUAGGCUCGAUAGCAGCACUGUGACUGGCGAUCGCGAGCCGCCAUGCCUGCCAUCGUGGUUUGCGGUUACUUUUUCGAACGAAAGCGCUGAAGAGGCAAACUCGGACAAGCCAUCUGGCGACCGUUGAGAACCCGUCUGUACUCAAGUACCACGAAACCGUGUGUGUAAAAUAUCAGCAGGUGUUGUUGCAAUCGCUGUUACGUCCAUUACGGACAGGAACAUGUUGUGCAAUUCUAGUACCGUUGUACGGACAGAUAGUAGGCGAAGUGCACCGCCCAACUGGGAGCUGCCUUCCGAUGCAAUAAUAGGGAAGGAACGUUCAGUUUAUGCUGUUUGUCACCAAAUACACGCUUUCAUAAUCGCCACUAACCUCUGCUAACUUCAUAUCCAGACGGUGGCCGUACGAUCAGUCAGAUUUGCCACACUUCAGUCAGUUCAAAAUUUCUUAAUCGGGCUAAUGAGAGAAGAUCAAUGCGUGGGGGCCAAGUCGGCAAUUCUUAUGCGUCGGAACAAAUACUUGUUCGCACACGUCUGAAAGCUCCCCCCCCCCUUCACACGCCCCUAGAAUGUCUCGUGCAGGACGUCUUGAUGUUGCAGAAUUUCAACAACCCAUCACAAUCAAGACUUUGGGCACAGAAAUCGGACUUUGAAGGGGGGGGGGGGUCAGUAGUAGAUGGUCGUCACUAAAGUUCCCAGUUUGCGCAGCAGUUGAUAGACUUUUCGGAUGCGCCCAACGACGUCUCAAUGGCUGAAUCGGCUCAAAGACCCAACCGUGGUCUGUGCAGGCUGCGUGAGUCAGGUCACAUAAAAAGGAGCUCCCCCAUCAAUUGCGGAUAUAGACGGUGAAGUCGGAUAGAGACGAUCGGAAAUAAUACUGGGUUGAUGUGGCGACUCCUAUGAGGCAGGCUUUCAGUGUCUGCGACACUCGAAGGAGUUACCAACCUUGAUUGGAGGACUGUUCACGAUGUGAAUGGCAUCCUUAUUUAUGAAAACUCGGCCAAAGUCGAGGGUUGGCGUGGACCUUAUGAGCGAAUACUCAACCCCUAUGACCAAUCCAUCAACGCCGUUUUUCGUCUGCAGCGGGGUAUUAUCCUGCUCUAGCCCAAUGCGGCAUAAGACUCAUCGACACUGCCGCAGAGGCCUUUGCCAUCUUCACUCAGAUGGUUUCAGAGUGUGCGUGACUUAGGGUCCAGAACAAAAUAAGCCGGUUACAGAGGGGUGCGCUAAUACAUCAACCGAAGCUGCACUAUGUGAUGCAUUAUCAGCUGAAGUAUGGUUGCCGGAGUCGGAGAGUAGUCUGACUUACUUGUCCCAUUAGUGUCUUCGACUACGUUCAUGGUGAGCCUGUAACGACUAAGGAAACCAGACGGUUUUCCGACAGAAAUAACCGCUGUGAUUCAAGCCUCUAAUCGCCCCAGAACUGAUCGAGUUCUGUUCCACAAUGAUUUCCGCAAACUGUCUGGCGUGCGAUAGGGUCGCACUCUGUCGUCCAUCCUCUUUAACCGCGCAACUGCCCAGAUCCUUGGAAUCAUUACGCAUCUUUGACGCUGUCAUCUUUUCCUGCAACGCCAGCUGACUUCCUACGACUUCACUGAUGAGGCAGCCCUGCUGGCCCCAAGUUGUAAUGGCGCACAUAGAGUAGGUUUGUUGGUGAAUAACCCUGCCAAAUCAGUCGUCUUACCUGGGGAGCAGCAAGUGUUUUCGGCUUACAUUUCUGGCCAGGAGCCACACCGCAGGAUGAAUGCCGAUUAUUUGGGGAUAGGGCAGUUUCAGAUGUCUGUUAACAUAGGGGCUGCGUGAAAUACUAAAAACUUGAGGCGUUUGACCACCCUUCGUCUGAAGCACACCGACGUCAUCUCAAAUGAGCUAGUUAGCAUUCAGUGUGAAAACAUCGUGAGCGUAUGUCAGGCUGUACGAGGACUGUUUGAGCGUAUUCGUUGUUUGUCCCAAAAGUUAGGAGGUGCUGUCCCUAUAUCCGGGGCAAUCGGACGGUUGGGAAUGCUUGCAUCCUCUCGCUUCUGUUUUCUCUGCCGAUGGACUCCUGCACUGAUUCGAAAGCUCAGAAAAACUAACAAAUUGUUCCGGUGCUUGACCAGCCAUCAUUAUUCCUAUCCUGAACUCGAACAUUCGCCACCACUCAUGAUAUUCUCUUUGUGGGCAUAUGUAAACCUUGGGAUGCAUGGUGGGUUUUGCGUGCAUUGGUGAGGAAAUGGUUCUUCUUGGUUACGCUUCCUCCACUAGAUCUCGAAUUUCUGUAUCGUCACAUGGACCGACGACUUAUCACGUUGUGGUGUCAAACAUUACUGUCCUUACGAAACCUUUGUAAUUUCUGCUUCCAGCAACGAGCCAAGUUUUUGGCACUAUCUUUGUUUGAAAUCUGGUUUUCUUCACCCUGGGUGAAUUAACUCUGUCUGUAAUCGUCUGUCCUUCACCGACACAUGCUAUAACUCUUGUGAUGUUAUUCGUUUCUUUUAAUGUGUUCAUCACCUGGAUUUAUAAAGCAGUCUCGUCACUAUGAGGAUAAGUCUAAAAUUACUCUGUUUUAAUAUUUUAUGCCCAUGGUUAGAACUGAUGAUUUUUUCGCAGCUGUUGCUAAUGGUGCUUUUCACCAAAUGUGUUCAAAAAGUAUACCUUGGCUGCUCCAUCGCUAGCUUUUAAUGGCAUGUCCCCGAGUACUUCCCAUGUCAGAUGGAUGAAGGUACUUCCACACGGCAGAUUGGAAAGGAUGAAACUCGCUAGCUACAUCCCCUUUCAGAGACGAUUUGCGUCAAGUCCUUCUAAGAGACGGCUUCCUGUCACCUCUUCAGACAAAUUCAGAUGACCCAUUGUCCCCUUAACGCUCUCUCACAGAUUAGGAUCUAGGGUUUUGCCAGAGUAGAGGGCGCUAAACUUGGGGGACUUUGGUGUCGGCAAAUUUUUCGGCAGGCCUUGCCAAGGACUUCUAUAUUAUGGAUCUGCGGGUCAAGGCCCUCCAACCUUCACAUGCAGGCGCCAGUUGUCUUCAAGCGGAUGGACUUUAAAGACGUUUUAUUGUUAACCAAAAUGACCAUGUUAAUCACGAAUUCCGUUGACGCGCAGCUUUUUGCCAGUCACAGGUAUUCACUCUGCUCGAUUGCGCGGGAAACGCUGUACGCAUGUCCGGCAGUUAACUUCCCACACUGAACUUGGUUCCCUAACGACGGUCCUGACUAGGAAAGUUGCUUUUGUGGUGAAGUCACUUAGUUAGGGCAAGGCGAAAAUAUUUGGCAGCGUCGAACGAAGCCACCCAUUAAUCCUUCUGCACGUUGACUACAAACUCUUUUAAACUACUGAUUUUCUAGUGUGCCCUAGUUGUUUUUCACUCUUAGGACAUCCAGUGGAUUACGACUGGAUGACUCUGUCUGUCCGUCUGUUUCUGUUUCCCCUUUUUUACAGUUGUUUAUUUCUCUUGGAUUGGACUCAAUUUUGAUGUGUAGUUUCCCUAAUCCGUCCGCAUGCUCGACGGCCGGGGAUUUGUUAUUGCCAUACCAUUCCUCAACUUUAUAUACAGUAAGUGGGCUAACUCAUGAAAUGUCAACCGAAAUUCCGAAUUGCAUUUUCCUUUCGAGCAGAUUAAUUAAGUAGGGUUGUAAAAGUAAUCAGCCUGCAGCACAAUUCUAUAAUAAUUCAGUUGCCUCGGGAUGCCGACUUUCGAAUGAACUUCCUUCAAGCUCCAUGCAAAAACUACACUCCGUGAAAAAUGACCGCUUAAGUAGCAUGAAAUUUUUUCAUUCAUUCUCAAUGACCCUAAACGUUCAAUUAUAUUUCAUGGAAAACAUGCAUAAAAAUAUCUAUUCUUUCGCUCAUGCCGUAGAAAAUUGCGUCUUCUUCCAAUUUUAUACUCGAAAGAGGGACAUAAUUCGGUUUUAAAAAUUUUUUUAAUUGUGAGACUUAAAUACCGUGAAAUGUCCGUUCAUAAAUCUUCCUGUCUCUGCAUUUACCAAUGUGGCUUGUGAAUUUAACAACAUGGGUUAAAUCCACUGCUAGAUUUUACGAACUCUAUAUGGUCUCCUCUUCGUGGAAAAUAUACGGCUUGUAGUUCGGAAACCCAGAAUCCAAGUGUAACGGCAGAGUGUGUUCAAAAUUAUGCGGGAAUUGGAAAAUUUUUUGAAAACCAAAUUACACCCUUCCUUCGAGUAUAAGAUUGAAAGAAGACGCAAUUUCUACGGGAUGAGCGAAAGAAUGAAUAUUUUUAUGCAUGUUUUCCAUGAAGUGUAAUUGGAGUUUUAGGGGCAUUGAAAAUGAAUGAAAAGAUUUCAUGCCACUUAAGUGGUCAUAACAGUAUUCACUCUUUUGCUCAUUCGGUAGCUAAUUACGUCUCCUUUUAAUUUCUUACUCGAAGGAGGAACAUAAUUUGGUUUUUAAAAAGUUUUCUAAUUCCCGAAUAAUUUCGAACACGCUUUGCCGUUAUACUUGGAUUCUGGGUUUCCGAACUACAUGCCUUAUAUUUUCCGUGUACGGAAAACCACACAUUUCUCUACGGUAUUGAGGGGAGACCAUAUGGGGUUCAAAAAUUUAGCAUUCGAUUUGAUCCAUAUUGUUAACUUUGCAAGCCACAUUGGUAAAUGCUGAGAUAUGACGAUUUAUGAACGGCCAUUUCACGGUAUUUAAAAGUCUCACAAUUAGAAACUUUUUAAAACCGAAAUAUAACCCUCCGAGCAUAAAAUUAGAAGAAGACUAAUUCUCUACCGAAUGAACGAAAGAAUGAACAUUUUAUGCAUCUUUGUCGUGAAAUACAAUUGGACUUUUAGGGGCAUCGAACAUCAAUGGGAAAAAUUCACGCUACUUACGUAGCUAUUUUUUACAGAGUGUCGUUUUUGUAUGCAGUCGGAGGGAAGUUCAUUCGAAAGCCGACAUCCUGAGGUAACUGGAAUAUUAUAGAACUACGUUGCCGGCUGAAUAGUUUUACAACUGUGCUUAGUUAAUCUUUUCGAAAGGAAAACGCGUUUUGGACUUUCGGUUAGCAUUUCAUGAGUUGGCCCACCUACUGUAGAUGAGAUUUAAUUAUUAGUCCGCAGUGGUUGUUGUGCUAGAUUUGUGCAAUUUAUUUUACAACCUAUUUGACUGCUUUUAUUUACUCCUGCUUGUAUUGCCCAAGUUAACCUUAUUUCGCAUGUUGUUCCCGGCCGUGGAUGCCGCUAGGCUGCUUCUUGAGCCCUGUUGCUUUGCAUUCGGCUCACCGACUUGACAGUAUUGAUGCUGAAAUAUUUCUCAGGUAGCUGUGGGAUGUGAUUGGCGCAAAGUUAACCGCCACUGCGCCUUUUUCGCAAAAGCCUAACCUUUGCACCACACUUUCCUCCCCCUUUCAGCCGUUUGCACUCCCGGAUGUGCAGAGAGCGGCAGCAUUACUGCGUGACGUUCUAGACAACGCUGUGCAGCGCUUCUACCCAGCCUUCUUCUCGUAA